UUACGCACCUUGUAGCCUGUAAUCUCUUUCACAGAAUGCCGAAGCCUGGCAACCACAAGAAAAAGCUCAGCGCUGAAGCGGCUGCAGCCGCGGCGCCGCGCCCAGAGCAAACGCGGCAGCCGACCCAGCAGCGGCAGCAGCAGCGGCAGGCCCAGCAGCAGCAGCAGCAGUACCAGUCUGCGGAUCAGAGGCAAUGGAGCGCACAGGCGGCAGCCGCUACUGUCGAGCUUGGCCCCGCGCUCGACAAACUUGCAGCCCUCCUACCCCGCGCCGUCGCUUCCUGCCGGGCAAGUGGUGCCGCCCAGGCGUUCAAGCUCGAGGACGCUCUGGAUGCAGUGAGGGUCGCGUUCAACCGGGACCUCGCGAGCUACAACGAGCCGCUCGCGUUGCAACGCUGCUCUGCGCUGCUGUCUCGGCGCGAGUUGUGGCUGCAGCUGCUGCAGCUCGCCUGCUACAGCUCCCGGCGCCUGGUGCAGUCUCCGAUGGACUUGACGGACAUGGAGUCCUUGGCUCACACCAUCAACGGCAUCAACAGCAGCCAAGGCGGCAGCGAAGGCGGCGGCGGCGGCCACAGCAUCGAUGGGCUGCUCGCAGGUCUGGUGGCGGACCACGGCUUGCACCAGGCAGUAGCGGCGGUGCUGACAGCGGGGGUGCGGCCCGCGGGCGUUGCCACGUGGUUGGCUGCGGGCGCCGCGCCGCCGCCGCACGACGUGAUGGGGGCCCUGCCGACCCACAUCGCCUGUCUGUCGGCUCGCGCGCUGCUGCAAGGCCACACGCUGCGUGUGUACGGCCGGCUGGCGGCGACGCUCGCGGACAGCGUGGCCCUUCAACUACCGCUGCCGCCGCCAGCGGCGGCAACAGUGGCGGCGGCGGCGUCAACGACGGGCACGGGCGCGUCCGCGGUCGCAACUUAUAUGGCGCCGGUGGAUGCGGCGGCAGCAGGCGCCGGCGGAGGGGGCCGGCCUAUGGCUGGCGUGAUGCUUGACGUCGGUUGGGAUGCGCCCGUUGACAUCUGCUCGGCGUUGCAGGAGCAGCAAAUGCUCACGCUGCGGAUUUGCGCGGGGAGCUUGAUCACGGACAUAACGUGCCUGCCUGGGGAGGCUGCCAGGCCAGACACUAGUGCUGCUGCUACUGCUGCCACCGAUGCCACCUCCAACAGCCGCUGCAGUAGCAGCUUGCCUCCGGGCCCGCCGCCAGGGCCCGCUACAGUAGCAGCAGCAGUGCCGUUGCAAGAGCUGCUGUUUCAAGAGCUGGCUGCCAGCGGCUUUCUGGAGAACACAGCGCGGCUGGCAGUCAAUUGCGCCGCGCUCAACACUGCCGGCAGUAGCAGUAGCGGUAGCAGUAGUGGCAGUAGUAGCAGUGGCGGCGGGGCUGCUGGUGGUAGCGGCGCGCUGCCGCCGCCGUACCGCCCCGCCGGUCACCUCUUGCCCACGCUCACGGCUGCAGUCGAUGGCCUUCGCCUGGCGGUCGCCAUGGUGGUUGCCCCCUGGAUGCAGCACGCAGUCGAGCUCGGGGCCGCAGCAGCUGUGACGCUGGGCAGCCGUGGCGGUGGCCCUGCCAGCGGCAGCGGGACCAGCAGCCAGGGUAGCGGCGGCAGCAGCCGCCAAGCCCUGUCGCCGCGACCGCCGCUGCCCUGGGGCUGCUGUCUGCGCUUUUUGGCGCUGUCGCAGGUGGUGGUGACGCUGGAGGCGGCGGGCUAUGGCGGUGGCGUGCGGGGCGUGUGGGGCCUGCCGCAGCAGCUGGUGGCGGGGCUGCCGGUGCUGGGGCUGGCGGAGGAGGACGGAGGUGGCGGCAACACGGCGUGUGACCUGCGAGGCAAGCUGCGGAGGUAUGCGGAGGUACAGCAGCUUGUGAGGGCCGCCCGCCAACAGCAGCAGCAGCCCCCGGCGGGCCGCAAUCAGGCGGUGGGCUUUGUCCUGCACAGGGGGCCGUUUGAGCUCUUGAGCCAAAUACUACUUGUGGACGUGGUUGCUGCCAAGCUGGACGACAUGACUGCAACCACCACCAGCACGGCCAAGAGCCGGUGCAGCGGUUCAGGCAGCAGUAGCAGCAGCAGCCGCAGCUGGACGUUUCCCUUCAGCUGCCGCGCGCUACAAGAGGUAUUGCUGGGCGUGGCGGAGAUGGCGGCGGGCGCGCCUGCUGCAGACACUUCGAUGCGGCAGGGCGAGGCGCUGCGCCCACGGCUGUGCUUUCCCCAGUCUGCCGCGUGGGGCAUCGGCACAGCCGCACUGGCGCUGGCCAGGCGGCUACAGCUCCGCGCCCCUUGCAGCGAUGGCGACGGCGGUGGCAGUGGCGGCGACUGCUGGCCGCAGAUGCGCUCCCGCUGGUGGCGGGCGGUGGUGGGUCUGUUGCGAGCGGAGGCGCCCUACCACCGCCGUGUGCCGUCCGACGUUGCAGGGUCGUUCUUCCUAACAUUAAGCAAGGUGCUGUUACUGGAGCGCAUGCCAGGCCUGCUGCUGCCGCCCCGCGCUCCGCCCGGUCUAGAGGCGGCACUGGCGGCCGGCCUGUUGCCCGCAGUGGAGUUCGCGCUGAGCCGCACCGCUCCGGACGAGGACGCCGCCGAAAUCAUCGGCGCUGUCUUUCAAAUAGGCCCCGCGUUCGCAUCUGUCCAGAGUGGCUGCAGCUGGCCGCAGCUGCAGCAGCUGCUGGCGUUCGCGGCGCCGGCCCAGACCGCGGCGCUGAUCGGCAGCCUGGGCAAGCGCGCGCACGCCGCCCUGCACGCGGCAGAGGCAGCCAAGGCGGGGCAGGCGGCGGACGCGGCGGGCUGCGCCACUGGGGCCAUCGGAGCCGCAGCUGCUGCGCAGCAGGCAGUGAGGCAGCCGGCUCGCUUGGGCGGUGCCCCGCAGGCGGUGCUGGUGGAAACCCGUGCGCAGCAGGCGGAGCUCUGUCGCACGGUGCCGGUGGCGUGCUGGGCCCUGGUGGCGCUGCUGCCGCCGUCGCCGUGGGCGUGUCUGACCAGCAGCGGCGGAGGCAAUGGUGGCGGCGGCGGCGGCGCAGGCGGCAGCACAGCAGGCGCUGGUGGCGUUGAUAGCACCGCUUCCUGCGAAGACGGCAGUGGCUUGCAGCUGCAGCUGCAGUUCCUGUCGCCGCAACAGCACCUGGCGUGCGUGGCCUCGAGGGCGCAUGCGACUGCUGCUGCAAAUGCGCUGCGUCAUGUCGAUUUCGGGUGGUUGCAGGCAGCCGUCGCACUGCAGGGCGGCGGUGGCGGCAGCACCGGUGGCGGCACCAGCAGCAGCAGCAGCAGCAGCAGCAGCCCAGCAGCAGGGCAUGAGGAGCAAUGCCAGGAGCAGGCGCAGGAACAGUUGCUCACGCGGACGCAGCAGGUGCGGCUGCUGGUGUCACAAGCGCUGCACAGCUGGCUGCCGGUGCUGUCGCGCUGUGUGCGGUCACCAGCCUACCUUGGGGUGCAGGAGCGGCUGGCUGAGGCGCCGCUGCUGCAGCUGCUGCUGUGGGUGCAGCCCGCACUGCUGGCAACGCUAAACUACGAGGCAGACGCACAACUCCUGGCGGCGGCGGGGCCGGCGGCGGCGGCGGCGGGGACGGUGGUGGGGGAGGCGGCGGCUGAAAUAGUGGCGAUAGCGGCAGAGACGCAGCGGCGGCAACUGCUGGUUCCGGAGCUGGAGAUGCUUAAAGCCCACAUCUACAACUCCUUUGCUAAGACAGCCGCAGACAUCGCUGCCAGCUGGCGCCAUUUCCUGCUGCGGGACGUGGACCUGGUGGCGGUGCUGGAGGUGGGGCUGCAGGCGCUUAGCCGGCUGCCGCCAGCAGCAGGCACUCAUCAGGCCGGGCGCGACCUGGCCCAGUGCCUUGCCACGGCCCUGGCUGCAGCAGUUCACGCCGUCCCGGACGCUCUGAUCACUGUGCUACAGCCGCCGGGCAAGACGCGGCCCGCCGCUGCUCCCGGCAAUAGCAGCAGGGGCGGCAGGAGCGGCAGUAGCAGCGGUGGCGCCGGUCCGUUGUCGCCCUGGGGGGCGGAGGCGAUGCACGGCCUGUUCCGGCGGCACGUCUGGAGCAGCCCCAGCGCCACCGGCAGCAGCUGCACUGUCGGUGUGGGCGACGCCGCCCGGCCUGCUGGCAGCAGCGGCUUUGAUGGCAGGAGCGGCGGCGGCCGUAGCAGCCUCAGCCCAUCAGCACAGCUGGUGACUUGCCUCAGCUUCGUCGAGGAGCUGCGGCAAGCUGCUGCAGCCGGCGGCACCCGCGGCAGUAGCAGCGGCGGUGGCAGCCGCGCUGCAGCCGGCCCAAGAGCCGGAGGUGCACCUGCGGCGGCGGCGGCGGCGGCAGAAGCUACUGGAGGCACCGCCAGCGGGAUCCUCGGUGGCUUGGAGCAUCGCCGGCGGCGACUGAACCUGCUACUGUUGCCGGACAGGCUGGGCGGUGUUGGGGCUGGCAGUGCUGGUGGUGGUGGGGCGGGGUGCUAUGCAGCAGGUCGGCAGAUGCUGGUGCUGCCUCUUUCGCCAAUGGAGGCAGCACACCGGGAAGUGCAACAUACUGCCGGUGGAGCUGGGCGGCAGUAGCAGCAGCGCGGCAGGAGGCCGCGGCUUGAGCUGCGGCAGCAGCGGCAGUAGCAGCGGCCGUAGCGGUGGCAGUAGCAACAAUGGUGGCAGCGGCGCCACUGGCGGCCACGACGGCGCUUUUGGCUCCUGGGUUAGUUCCAGCCUCCGUGCUACCUGACAGCUGUGCCAACCCGCGCUGCACCGGGCGACUUGCAGGGUAACAGCGAGGCAAGGGGCGGCGCAGCAGGCGGAUAAGCGGCCAAGGAGGAGGAGGAGGUACCGAUGUUGAGGGCGCGGGUCCGACAAGUGGCAGUAGCAGUGGCAGUGGCGGCAGUAGUGGUGUUGGGCGGGCGCGGCGGGUGCCGUGGCGCCGGCUGCCGGGGGUUGCUGUACGGCUGCCACCAGUGCCGGGCGGCGCACUGGCUGGCGGGGCACGGGGCGGGGGGGGGGGCCGAGAAGCUGUGUGGGGCAGAGCGUGUCGUCUUAAUCGGAUUGACCUGUGCCCCGUCUUUGGUUGGAAGUCCUGGAACAGAAGCAACUUGGGGCGUAUGGUACGGUGGGCACUGGGCAGCGGCUCCGAUGCUGACCCUGUGUGCUGCAUCAGGCACCGUUUAGAGAAAUGUAAGCUAGUGUGAAU